AGCUGGAUGUGCAUGUCCGCUUCUGGGACGAGGGACAGGUUCAGUCCAGAUAUUUGGGCUCCCGGUUUAUGGGACAUUCCACUGCACAAGACCUGCUGUCACAUCUCAAAGUAAGCAUAACCUUUUUUACUCUGAAUAUUUCUCAGUUUAUAUUGAUAUCAUUUUUGGGGUAUACACAGUCCUGUAAAGGCAAUGUCACAAUGACCAAUUAGGCACUUCCCUUAACAAUAUGUGCUGCUCAUCUAUUCAUCUUAUCUUGGGUAAUCAAAUGCAGCACUUUUUUCAGGAAUGUAUGGACAAACUGAACCUCAAGGACUUGGUGUCCAUUUCAAUGGAUGGGCCCAGUGUUAACUGGAAACUGUUCGAACUUUUCCAGAAAGAUCAAGCUGAGCAGUACGGAGGUCUAGCUGUGGCCUACACACGCUACACAAUGCUUUCAAGUGUGGGUUCACUGCAUGGCUGCUGGACAAGUUGCUGAGAGCAAUGCACACAUUGUUUAACAAUGUGCCUGCCAGGAGAGAGGAUUACGUCACCGUAACCAAGUCCAGUGUGUUCCCCCUUUCUUUCUGUGCCCAUCGUUGGGUAGAAAACCUUCCGGUUGUGGAGAGAGCCCUGGUAGUCUGGCCAUCACUUCUUCUGUACAUGGAAGCUGUGAAAACAAAAAAACUCCCUAACCCUGGAACAGGAUCUUAUGACACAGUUGCAGCAGCCAUAAAGGAUCCACUCAUUCUGGCCAAAUUUCACUUCUACGCAGCACUUGCCAGGACCUUCACGCCCUUCCUAACAAAAUAUCAAACAGACGAGCCGGUGCUCCCAUUCCUCUCCAAGGACCUGACCGAAUUGAUGAUAAGUCUACUCAGACGCUUCAUAAAGAGAGAAGUUCUCAACGAUAUCACUGCCCUGCAGCUGACCAAACUGGAUGUCACAGACAAGACCAUCUGGCUCAGCCCACAAAACAUCAGCAUUGGUCUAGGUGCAGAGUCAGUUCUUAAGGGGAUGUCAUACUGCAGCAGUUUGACAGUCUCCUGUCCUUGGAGAGCCGGAGUGAGGACUUCCUCUACUUUGCUCCCAUGCAGAAGAGGCUGGACAUCUCCCUGAGCAGUGCCAUGGAGCCUUAUCCAGAGCUGUGGGCCUUCUGCAAGAAGCUGCUCAUCCUCUCCCACGGCCAAGAUACUGUUGAACGUGGAUUCUCCAUCAAUAAAGAGGUGGAGUCAGAUAAUUUGCAUGAGGACACUGUGGUCACACGGAGGCUGGUGUGUGACUACAUUAUACAACAUGGAGGUGUUACCAAGGUUCCACUCAGUAAACCACUACUGACAAGUGUAGCAAGAGCAAGGACAAGGUAUCGUAUCCACCUUGAGAACGAAAGAAAGAAGAGGGAGGCAAAAGACCAGGCUCUCAAGAGGAAGGAGGCAGAGGACUGUCUGCAGGAGCUGAAGGUGAAGAGGAUACGCGUAAAGGAGGUAUCUGAGGGUCUGGCUAGGGAUGCGGACAGGCUGGCUGAGCAGGCUGAAGCAAAGGCAGGGAGCAAAAUGGCUGACCUGAUCUCCAGGUCCAACCUCCUGCGGAGAGGCCAUAAGGAGAAGUUGGCAGAACUGGCUCUCCUUGAUAAAGAGAUCGCUGCUAAAAGUGAAGAGCUUAGGAGUUGACUUUGAUCUUUAUUUUAUUUAUUGUUGAGUUGAUUUUCUUUGUUUGUUGUUCUGGAGUCUCUCUACUCCCCAUAUUCCCAGCAUGGAAUAAGCUAGCUAAUAAAUAGAUUUGUCACACCUC